AUGGAUUUACUGCCUCCAGUUACCAGAUUUCACCUCUGGGAUGAAGACAUCUACAACAUGCAGCAAACAAAGAACGGGACGGAGCAGGACUACCUGAGCAUGGAGCACAGCAGAACCGACAUGGAGGACAAGACGGAGGGCAUGUCCGAAGAUAAUGAAGGAAAUGCGGAGGAAUCCAGUGUGGAGAUCGCUCAGCUGCAGGGCCUGGUGGCGGAGCUGCGCGAGGGGCUCCAGGAGGCCCUGAGGGAGCUGUGCGAGCUGCGCCGCAGGGACCAGGGCCUGGAGGAGCGGCUCCAGGCCCACCAGACUGACGUAGAUGAUAAGAUAAUGGGCCUCAAGAACUCCCUCAACACAUUCAAGGAGGAGCUGAACGUGGCCUUGUUCCACAUCAAGGACGUGUCGAUCAGGCAGAGAGAGGUGAGGAAGACCAUCGACCUGCUGCAGUCAGAAAGCAAGGAGGCCGUCUCCGUCCCUCACAGCAGCAGGAAGAGCUCCAGGGCCGACGUGCUGGCAGCGCCGGGGGACGAACACAUCUGUGUGUCCAACCAGUCCGAGCUCAGCGUCAUCCAGCACUUCUUCUCCAGUCUGCCCCACGGCGGCUCGCCUCAGAGGAGCAACACGUCAACGCAGACCUCCAUGUCUGAGCCGGAGCAGAAGGGCUGUUCUCCCAAACCUCCGCCGUGGGGGGAGAUGAGGGUCAGCCCAGACGAGGCCGAGACCCCCAACAGUCCCACAGAGAGUAAAAGACAGAGAGCGGCGCUGGAGCUGCUGGAGUCGGAGAGAGUUUACGUCUCUCACCUGUCUCUCUUACUGAAGGCCAACAUCUCCUUCAACGGGUCAGAAACCUUCUCGUCCAAGGACAAACGGCCUUUCCCCAGCUCUCUGAGGUUUCUGAUCCAGCAGCAUCUGGACCUGCUGCACACUCUGCAGGAGCGCGUGCUCAAGUGCCACUGGCAAGGCAUCAUGGGAGAUGUGUUCAUGAGGCUCACCAGCAAAGAGAGUGAUUUCUUGGACUUUUACUUGUCUUACCUGAGGGAGCUUCCAGACUGUUUGUCAGUGGUCAACAUGCUGACGUCCAUGAGGCCUUCAGCUCUGGUGGAGAGCGACAUCCUGGGGGACGAGACCAAACCGUCUCUACACACCCUGCUCCUCCAGCCGGUUCAGAGGAUCCCCGAGUACCUGCUGCUGCUACAGGGGCUGCUGAGGCACACGGACGCAGACCACCCAGACUACUACCUGCUGCUGGUUUGCAUCCAGCAGUUCAGGUCCUUCACCACUCAGUACCACCAGCUCCUCCAGCACAACCAGGAGCUCCUGCUGCUCAACCGCAAGGAGGUCAAGAGGUCCACCAUGAAGCACCUGCUGAAGAGCGUGGAAAGCGGGAUUCAAACCAGCAGCCUGGGCUCGCCGUACCCCUGCAGCGGCGCCGCGCUCGAACACGCCAACCAGGUGAAGCGCCGGAAGCAGUGUCUUCUGGAGCAGAUCCAGUCCCACCGGUUCCAGGACUGGGAUCCGGAUCUGGAUCCCGAGACUCACCGUUACGGCGCAGAGUGGACCGCACAGCUCCCGUUCUUCAGCCCCGACCCGGACUCACGGAACCACAAAGCAACAGGCCUCGGCAGCAUCCCGGAGGCUGAGACGCCGGAGGCCUCCCUGUCCUGCCAGCACCACCUUCCCAUCAGGCCCCCCGAGUUCCGUCACGUCCAGCCGGGCUCGGCUCUGGCCGACGCCCUGGGGGAGUUCCUCCUCCCGCCGGACCCCCCGGGGAUGGAGAGCCUCUACGAGGAGGACGGCGGCUCGCUCCACGACGUGUCCAUGUUCGACCGCUGCUCCACCGGCUCCUCGGACUCCUCCAUCGACAUCGCCUUCGUGAAGUGCCCCAGAGCCCCGUCGGCGCCGCAUCACGGGACCAGCGCCGGCGUGACGCACGACGCGCUCGGGAACGGCGGCAGAGGGAACGGCUACAGCAAGCUGUCCGGCCGAGGCUGCGCGUCUCCCGACGAGGCGGUGAUGAUGAGACGCGGCCAGCACCGCCCCCUGCAGGCCAGCCAGCGCAAGAGCAAGUCCCUGAACGGCCUCCAGAUGGAGAACACCGUCAGCAGCCUGGACAGCGGGCCUCUGUCCGACCAGCUCCAGAGGGUGGGGCUGGGCAGCCACGCCAAGCUGGAGCGGCAGGGCAGCAAGGGCAGCAGGGGGUCGUCCACCCCGUCCCGGAAGGUGCAGAGCCCCCCGGGGGGCAGGGCGGACGCCGAGAAGACGACCCCGGAGCUGCACGGGAUGCUGGGCGUGGACUCCGGGAUCCAGUCGUGGGGGGACGAGUCCAAGUGGAGGAGCGGCGCAGAGGAGAACAACCACUCGCAGUUCAGUGAGAGGAGUCGCAAGGACAAGGGCGGCUUCAGGAGCUCCUUCAAGAAGCUCUUCAAGAAAAAGAGCAGCGAUGAAAAGAAGGAGAAAGGAGGCGAGAAGACGCCAGAACAUCAGUGUAACGGCGAACAGGAGAAAAUCCCCAAACUGGUUCAGCUGGACAUAAACCGAGGCACCGCGGUCUGAACAGCCAUGAAUCCAAACCAAGCUGCAUUUAAUCUGUGCUGAGCUGCAACUGCUGUAAAAACGCUGUACAGGGAGAAUAAGCCUAAAGUUUGACGACAUUCAGAACAAGCAAUGCGAGGAACCUGGAGCUUUGAUGACAGGUGGAAAAAUAAACGUCUAAAAUAACCAGGAGCGCUGACUGCAGCCUGACCAUCUGAGUUAUUAAAUGCUUAUUAAACUUAAUAUUUAACGCCUCAAACAGAUCAAAAUAAACGCUGUCACAGUAAUGUGCACAUCAAGACACUGUAAUGAGCAGCAAUAAUCCACUAGUAAUGAAAAGUAAUAACAGUAAAGAUUCUCUGCCUUCAACUGGACUUUCACUGUAAAUAACCCUGAAAUUUCUUUAUUUUAUGCCACACAAACAUAAUUCUCUUCACUUGGUUUACAUCCUGAUGGUCCAAGAACAUUUUCCAUUCAUCUUUAGAUUUCAGUUUUCUUUCAUUCAUAACAUUAAACAGAGUAUA